AGGUUAUGAUGACAGAGAAAAUGAUCUCUUCCUCUGUGACACCAACACCUGUAAAUUUGAUGGGGAAUGUUUAAGAAUUGGAGACACUGUGACUUGCGUCUGUCAGUUCAAGUGCAACAAUGACUACGUGCCUGUGUGUGGCUCCAAUGGGGAGAGCUACCAGAAUGAGUGCUACCUGCGGCAGGCUGCCUGCAAACAGCAAAGCGAGAUACUUGUGGUGUCUGAAGGAUCAUGUGCCACAGAUGCAGGAUCCGGAUCUGGAGAUGGAGUCCAUGAAGGUUCAGGAGAAACCAGUCAGAAGGAGACGUCCACCUGUGAUAUUUGCCAGUUUGGUGCAGAAUGCGAUGAAGAUGCCGAGGAUGUCUGGUGUGUGUGCAACAUUGACUGUUCUCAAACCAACUUCAACCCCCUCUGUGCUUCUGAUGGGAAAUCUUAUGAUAAUGCGUGUCAGAUCAAAGAAGCGUCGUGUCAGAAACAGGAGAAAAUUGAAGUCAUGUCGUUGGGUCGAUGUCAAGAUAACACAACUACAACUACUAAAUCUGAAGAUGGACAUUAUGCAAGAACAGAUUAUGCAGAGAAUGCUAACAAAUUAGAAGAAAGUGCCAGAGAACACCACAUACCUUGCCCGGAACAUUACAAUGGCUUCUGCAUGCACGGGAAGUGCGAACAUUCUAUCAAUAUGCAGGAGCCCUCUUGCAGGUGUGACGCUGGUUAUACGGGACAACACUGUGAAAAGAAGGACUACAGUGUGCUGUAUGUUGUUCCCGGCCCUGUGCGAUUUCAGUACGUCUUAAUUGCCGCUGUGAUCGGAACGAUUCAGAUCGCGGUCAUCUGCGUGGUGGUCCUCUGCAUCACAAGGAAAUGCCCCAGAAGCAACAGAAUUCACAGGCAGAAGCAAAACACAGGGCACUACAGUUCCGACAACACAACACGGGCGUCCACGAGGUUAAUCUGAAGGGCCCUGCUGCACGGGGCUGCCGAGCGCGUGGGCUGCGCAGCACAGCAUUCCAGGCGAGGGCGAGACGAGACCGACACACGUUGCCUUGCGUUUGUGGUAAUCUACACCAAUGAGAACAUGUCCUACAGCUAUAUUUGAUUAUGUAUGGAUAUAUUUGAAAUAGUAUACAUUGUCUUGAUGUUUUUUCUGUAAUGUAAAUAAACUAUUUAUAUCACACAAUAUAGUUUUUUCUUUCCCAUGUAUUUGUUAUAUAUAAUAAAUACUCAGUGCUGAGAAACAAAUGGCAUUCUUAAAUUUGCGGUAUCUCAUAACUGUAAAUGUAAUCAAGCUGGCACAGCCUGUACGGUUACCAGUAUUUCCUCUUUCUCUACACCUUGAGACAGAGCAUUGGUUUAUACAGGACUCACUGGCUAGGUUCUGAGUGACUCCAAGAUCAAGGGAAAUGACGGUUAUUGGCAAAGAGAAAAAAUCAUUUAUUUUCUGUCAAAUGAGGAUAAAAGAGUUCAGAUCUUUGAAUCAUCUCUAUUUUAUCAGCUUUCUUCCCUGGCCCUCCAUUCUCAUCCCCAGAGCAGAAAAAUCUCUGGCAUAUAAAUUAAAUCAAAGAAGAAGGGAAGGGAACGUGUUUUAUAACUCAUAACGGAGAGGGAAAGGAGAUAUUGGUUUUUAUUUGCGAAGCAUCUCAGAAUCUCCCAGUUAAGUGCCUGUAUCCGAAGGGUCCUGAGCAAGUCACAUAUUAGGAACACACCAAUCACAAAACCUGUUCCAUUUAGGUGAGUGGAAUUAUCAGCUGCGGCGAAGUUUUAAUAACAUCAUUAACGUGAAAAUCAAAAUCAUGAAUUCUUUGAAGCACUUUGCUAUAUUUAUGGUCUAGAGUUCUUGAAAAAGAAAUUGGAAUCACAACCAAACACCUCAUAAACAGCUUUACGAUUAAUGCAGCACCAUUAUUUGAGAUGGAACUAAGAUGAUGAUGUACUUUAUAAAACAGAGAAAUAUGGUUUAAGCAUAUUUAUAUGAUGAGAUAAGAAGAAAUGAAUCCAGUGGCAUCUGAAAGAGCUUAGUGGGGAGUGGAUGGUUUUUUGAGCAUACGAAUAGGUUGGACCACUUCGUUUGGGAAAAGGUUAACUAAUUAAAUUCUCAAAGGAACAAAUAGCUUUCUGUGGCUAAUUUACUAAAUCUAAAUAAAGUUUUCUUUGUGUCCUUCAAAUUACCUUUGUAUGGGCUAAAAGGAGUGACACUCCUAUGUUAAAAAAAAAAAGAGAAGUAUCAAAUCAACACAUUCUGAAUAUAAAAUAUUCAGUGAAAAAUAAGGUUCCUUAAGUGAUAUUUAAGAUACUUAAAAGUGACAAUCUAAAUAGGACUCAGGACUCUGUGAAAAACCUGUUUCUCUAGGUUAGUCAUCAUUUUGAAAAGUGUGAAUCUACUGGCAUAACCAUCAUUUGGGGUUUCCAUAAAUCAGUCCUAUGUCUCUUGUACAAAACAAAUUCCAUUUAAACUUCUGCAUGGAGUUUUGGUUUGGUUAACAGGUGCAGAAAUGUAACUAUCCCUGAUCUCCUUUAUAAGACAGGAGUUGUGGCAAACAAACCCUUCUCCUAAAAUUUUAAAGGAAGAGCACAAAUGCAACAGCACAGGCCUUACAGAUGUUAAAAAAAACAAUGAUUUCACUGACUUUUGUAUGCUUUGUUAAGUAUUGGUACAUUAUUUGCAUGAAUUUUUAUCAAAGCAUCAUAAACCUAAGUGUUAAAAAAGUCUUUGGAGUUAAUAAUAUAGUGCAGUCCUGGUCACCUCCAUGCCUACACACUUCAUGAAAGAAUCUCUUUUUAAAAAUGCAAUAACAAAUAUUAAGUGAGCAUAUACUAUAUGCCAGGCACCAUUCAAGGUCCUAGGGAAAUACAAAUGAAACAUGAUCUCUACUAUAGAGAAACUCACCAUCUAGCCCAGUUAGAUAAUCAUCUAGCCUCUGUUUGCAUAUUUCUUGUAAUUUCGAAUUCCAUUCUUGGACAAUUCUAAUUUUGAGAGCAAUUAUUCUCAUAUUGAGUUGAAAUUUAUUUCUCUAUGGUUUCUACCCAUGGCUCCUAUUUUCUCCUCUCUGGAACAAAAGAAUAAUGAGUCAUGUAUUUAAAAGCAUUAGGACAGAUACCAUGUUUUUCCACUCCCCCCACAGCCCCUUUUUAAAUAUUUUCUUCUUCAGAUGAAAUAUCCUUAAUGUCCUCAUCUGAUAAUGUGAUAUGGUUUCCACAUCCCCCUAGCCUCUGCAUCAUCAUUCCUUGGAAAAACUCUACUUUGUCACUAUAUUUCUUUAAGUGUAGAGAUCAGAAUUGCAUAGAUUACCACAGUUGUGAUCUGACCAGCACAGAAUAUAGUCAAACUUGUAGAAAGCAAAUUUAACUGAGAGCCAUGAUCUUUAAAUUCAAGUCCUACUUUGACCAUAGAUUUGCUAUGGAACCAUGAGCAAAUCAUUUCACCUCGCAGGUAUUCUCAUCACUUCUAUCCCUGUAACUCCAAGAUUCUAGAUAUUCAAACCCAGGCACUAUACUUUUAUUACUGCUACCUAAGACCACAUUCACUAUUGUUGCUGCUUGUUGUCAACUUAAAUUCAAAAAUCUUUCUAAAUAAACUGCUAUUAAGCCA